GUAACGGAGCCGCUGUUUGCUUCUCAGGAGACUAUCUGGUAACGAUUGAAGAGAAAAACAAAGCAACUUUCCUAAGAGCGUACACAAACUGGCGAUGCAUGUCAGCCGGCAGCUCUCGUGUCUGCGUCCGGAUGGUGGGUCACAAGAUGGAAGAGUCGUACGGUGAAACCUUAAAAGAACAGAUGGCAAUUGUGGAAAUGCCACUUUCCGAUCCUCCGCUGUGUGUUUCCUGUUGUCCUGUAGAUGGAAAUCUUCUUGUGGGCUGCAAAAAUAAACUAGUUAUGUUCUGUUUGAAAUAUGUGGUCGUAAACCAGAAUUUGACUGUAUUGGACUUCGAACGCUCCUUAAUUUUACACGUUGAUAAUGUAAUUCCUGCCGAAGUUGCAUUUUGUGCCAGACAUAUAGCCAUAACAACGGAGCUGGAUGUUCUGAUCCUGAAACUGGAACUGGCCCAACAAGGUGCGGACAACAGCGGGCAACGUGCGCGUCGCGUUACUGCGCUGGAAGAACCUGUGGAUACAGGUAUAAAAGAUGAAGGCCCUUUGCAGCUUGAAUCGGAUGAGUUUGUCAUUUGUCAGAAGCCAGUGGAACUGCUUGGGGAAGAAAGUAAGCUAUGCGAGAUACCCAUCACGCUGGAAUCAACAGGAUUAGCUACAGAAGGUACAGAGUACUUCCAAGUGCGGUAUCUGCUUUUCAGACGGUUUACACCUGACCAGUCGCCUUUUGGCUUUUGCGAAGAGACGAAGUUGCACUCUCUUCAGCUGCUUCCUGUAUACCAGACAGGAAGUUCUGUGACAGCCCUUGGAGAAACUGAGAACAAGAGAGAGCUGCUGAGUCUCUUUUGCUUUUUCUCUUUACCUCAUGUUGGAUAUCUCUACUCUGUUGGGAAGUCAGUAGAGCUGAUCUCUACUUACAAAUACUCAGAGAAGUCAGAGCAGGCAGUUCUCACUCCACAAUUCCUGCAUGUCAUUACGAGUGAGAGCCUACAGUGUUUCACAGUGCGGUGCAGUGCAGCAGCAGCUCGUGAUGAGGAUCCGUACAUUGAUACGACUGUGAAGGCUUGUCCACCUGUGUCACUGGAUGUCUGCACAUUAAGAAUGCAGCUUUUUAUAGGACCGAGAGCUAUCUGUCAUUUCAAAAACCAUGUAAUCCUUCUGAUUAAGGCCGACACAGAAGAUAUUACUGAAAGAAGAAAAGCUACAAGAAGGAUGCUUUCCAGAAAGGCUGACAGCAUCAAAUCCAGAAAAACUCCCGAUUCAGAAUCUGGUUGGAAUUUAUACAUUGUAAACACUGUUCCAACUGUCCAGCUUUACAGAGAAAUGGUGGAUUAUAGCAGAACAUAUGAAAAUGUAAAAACUGAGAGUUGCAUCCAUCUUCUAAGUGAAGCUCACUUACUGGUCAGAGCAGCUAUAAUGGACCCCAGUUUCCUUAAACCAGAUGAGAAAGAAGAACUUCUAACAGCAUUUAGAGAAAGUUGUGCUUUCCUAGGAGACUGCUACAGCAGGUUUGACACAAAGGAUUACCACCUUGCUUUGCCUUACUACAGAAUGUCUGGUUUAUCCCUGACGGAAGUUUUAGAGAGACUAGUUUCAGAAGAUGACGAAACACACAAAUACGAGCGAGGGUUUCUGUUUUACUUAGCUCACUCUCUUAAUGAAGAUUUAAAUGAAGAAUUAAGUCAGGAAUCAGCAACUAAAGUUCUCCAAAUAUUCUAUCUUGCUGAACCUGUCCAACUGCCACAUAUCCUCUGCAGUCCCUGCAUGAGGAACGUAUGUCCUUUAACUGCCAUGAAGUAUCUUCAGAAGAUAGAAAAGAUUAUGCCGUCAGUGGUCCUGACACUUACUAAGGCUUCCAUGGCUCUGAAAAUGGGAGACCUGACGUUGUAUGAACGUGAGAUGGAGUCCUAUAAGGAGACGAUACUGGCGUUUGGCUUCACUGGGCAACCAAAACUCUUGAGGCAGCGUAAGGAAGGAGUUGUUAUUCCGACUGAGUUCGCUGUUCAUCUGAAGGAAACUCAGCCUGGGUUACUGGUGGCUGCCACCGUGACUUUAUAUGAGAACAGUAAAAUUGAACUGGAAGAAGCAGAUACCUUUUUCAAGACGUUGUGUAAUAGCAGCGGAAGCGCAGUCCCUCAACUCUUAGUAGAUUUUUGGGAAGCUCUUCUGGUCGUAUGUUCUCAGGAAGAAGUACUUCAGGAACUCUUAUUGAGGGUUACUUCCCAAUAUGUUUGGAGAAUAUCAAAGAGGCUACUUCCCGACACCAAACCCUUGAAAACAACAGAGGAUCUGAUAAAUUCCUGUAAUCAUUUUGGGUUGAUUUUCCCCUGGGUAACUUUCAUAAUGUCGUUGGGAUCUCCAUCUGAUAAAGAUUAUCCUGAAGAUAUCUCGAAACUACAGUCUAUUUUAUGUAGUCAGUCAAUCAACGUAACUUCAGCUCUGCCUUUCUUGGAGCCUCUGUCAGAGGAUGGCAAUGCUGGCCUCACCAUCCAUGUUCUCUGUAGUACGCGCCUAGGAAAGUAUGAGGAGUCCCUUGACCUGCUUCUGAAAAGGUGUCCUGAGGCAGUUGUAUUAUAUGCUCAGCACGAACUGAAAGAUGACAAUCGGGCCGUGUGGUGGAACAAGUUGCUUCCUGAACUUUGCAAGAGAACCAGACUUAGUGGAAAUUACUGUCCUGUUCAUAUUUCAUCACUGAAAGAAACUUUAUCGGUGGUUGCAAUGGAGCUGGAACUAAGGGAUUUCCUCAAUGUUCUGCCAGAGGAUGGAACUGCAGCGUUUUUCCUGCCGCAUCUUCUUCACUGCAGCCAAAGGAAACCGUUGACCUAAAUCCAAUGAAAGUCUGCUAUGUGGUCAAAUACCAAGAAUGCACGGGAAUAAAAAAGUAAAGGAAACAGUAGAACUACAUAGAAAGCAGUGUAGGACUCGCCCUACACGUUAACCACCUUAUGUCUGAGCUGAAGCCUUAUUAUUGGAACGAUAACUGCUAUGUCAGGCAGAGCAGCUCUCUUGAAGAUGGCAGAAAAAAAUACUAUUACACAUUGACAGAGGUCAGCUAUCCAGAAGAAUUCCUGUCAGGUAAAACUGAAUGGUGGUUGGCCAGGUAAAAGCACAACUAUUCAACACUGGAUGUAGGUCACUCAUCUCCUAAAUGAGGAUAAACUUAUGGCCAAAGUGGGUAAAAAAAAAAAAAAAAAUGCUGACUGUACAGUACAAUUACACGUUUAGGGUACACUAAAGCAGGGGUCAGUCUUAAUUCCCUGCUAGUUAGUUGGGUCAUGAUCUAGGGAGGCAUAUCUCUAAUUGUAUGAGUAAAAGUGCUUGACUUCCAACCAGAACUAGGCCCCUUACUUCUGCAAAAUGAAGUCAGAACAGAAAACAGAACAGAAAAAUUCCCUUGAAUUCCAGCUGGCAAAACGAGUCAGCUGCUCUGUCAUCAUAGCUACGUACCCAUAUAAGUGUAACUUUGCCCCUCUUGUAAUUUUUUUUGUAACAGAAAAAUAAACAUUGCGUGCCAGCA